GAUUCUUUCUCCAUAUGAGGAAGAAAAUCUUGAAAGCACCUUGUCUCCUCCUGAGUCUGGUAACAAGUUUGAAUCUUUGCUCUGGAAAAUUUGGGUCACCAAUAACUGAUGAUGUGAACAAGCUGCCAGUAUUGAAGCAGAAUAUCCCCUAUGAUUAUGAGAUUCCUGUUAGUUACAUUCCCAAAGAAGUGGCUGGCACCUGCUGGGUGGUGUUGAAUAUCUAUCCACUGGAGCAAAGUCUUCGGAAGCUGGCCAACACGUUUGGCACCAUCUCCACCAACAAAGACAACGUACUCCUCUUCAUUGCAAUGCUCAAGAGUUUACGCUUCACCUUAGACCACGAGAGGCUGGAAACGGCGAUGCAGAGCUUCCAGUGUCACUAUCAGGAACAUGGCUUACUGACUGGUCCAUACUUUGACUACAUCAGAGACUUCUUACACACUGCUGCUCAAGGACCAACUGACUUCUCCUGUGAGCCACCACCAUGCCUUAGUACUGAACAAACACCAGGGGUUCAUGGAGAGAAUCGUGGGGAUGCUUGGUCGAGAAGAUCUCCCCUGCUUUUGGUUCUCAUCCCCUUCAUCACUUGUGUUGCUCUCAUAGUGUGGUUGGUCAAGUCUGGAAAGCGUUUACCAGUAUGCAACACUGAAAAUAGCCAAAUGGAACCUUCUGACACGAUCCCAACUGUGUCUAUCUCCAUCCCACUUCAAACACUCACCCACGCUGCUGACGCUCAGCCAGAGCGGGAAGCGAUUGCUGAACAUGAAAGUGGAUGA